GAACCCGCCACAUUUUGGCUGUUUAGCUGAAACAAGCUUUUCGACCCAACCAGAUGCCAUCAAAGUUUCCAAGUAAAGGUUUGAAAUUUUCAACUCUACGCAGACCAAAGCCUAGCUAGAUUCAUCUUGCAAGCAACUGCCAGGAAAGGUCCGUCUACACAGAAUAUUUCCGGAACUUCACCGAGGAAACAGGAGUGAGGUGACACUGACAGGAAGCAUGACUACUAACGGUUGCACCGAUGAGAGCUUGUCUCGUUCGACAAACAAAGUGAAUGCCUGGACGGAAUGGGGAAAGCUAAACGAAGUGUGCGUCGGCCGAGCUGAUGGGGCUUGCUAUCCGCACUUUGAGCCAACAUGGCGGACACAGUUUAGGUACAACCCGGAGCUGCGUGACAUAAUCCCGUUCCCGCUUGGACCGAAGCUCAAGUCGGUGAUCAAGAGAGCCAAUGUGCAGCUUGACGCCAUGGCAGAUCUGCUGGAAGGUGAAGGCAUUGUUGUACACCGCACUCUGCCCAUGGACUUCAACGAACCUGUCAAGACUCCACAUUUCGAGAACCAGUAUGGUUUCUGUAACACAUGCCCACGUGAUACCAUCAUUACGCUUGGAAAUAUUCUUCUCGAGGCCACCAUGUCACGACGCUCUAGAUACUUUGAGUACCUGGGUACGCGCCAUAUUGUCCAGCAUCUCUUCAACAACGACAAGAAGAUGCUGUGGAAGGCAGCUCCCAAGCCAAGCAUGGCGGAUUCCAUGUACGACCAAAGCUUCUGGGAUGAGAAGGAUGCACGCAAGAAGGAACGCCUGGAGAAAGGCAUCUACCGCUAUCCACUUAUGGACAAGGAGCCUGCGUUUGAUGCGGCCGACAUGAUGCGCAUGGGUGCUGACGUCAUUAUCCAGCAUAGUGCAGUCACCAACAAACCGGGUCUUGACUGGUUACGACGUGAGCUCAACGGUCAUGUCAAUUUCAAAACUAUCCAUUCGCCUAUGGAGGACACUCCCAUACAUAUUGACUGCACACUGGUGCCCAUUCGACCGCCGACGGCCGGGUCUCGGGGCAUCCUGAUGGGCUGUCCGUCGCCGCGACGCAAGCUCAUCGACGCCGAGCUGCAGCAGUUCAAGGAGAGCGGCUUUGACAUUGUGAUGGCACCGGAGCCGACCAUGGGUGACGACACCAUGCCUGUGAUGUGUGAAUGGGGCAGGUGGCUGAGCACAAAUGUGCUGCAGAUUUCACCCACAAAGGUUGUCAUCGAGGACUGUGAGAAGUCAAUGGAGUUGUGGUUCGAGGACCUGGGAAUUGAGGUGCUGAAGAUCCCGUACCGGGACGUGUACGAGUUUGGUGGCUCUAUCCACUGCUCGACGUGGGACAUCAACCGAGACGACGAGAAGAAGAGCUGGAUGAAGUGCGACAACCAUGAAGCACCCGAGCACACAAAUGGACAUGGCAUCUGAGCAGUGCAUAUCUCAAUUGUCUAGAUACAAUGACGUUCUCCUCUUCAGGGCUGUCACGUGUAAUGGCCAUGUGUGUGUGAUGCUUUGUAGUAGGACUCUCUAACUUAUCGUCUAGAUCUAACGGAUUUUCCCAACGGAAGGAAUGGUUCAUCUGGAAUUCAUUCUUAACUGAGGGUUUCUUGUCAAAUCAACCGGCAGCAGACACAUGAUUUUGUCUUUCACCAAUCUCUCCUCUUGUGUACAUGGCACUGUGCUAGGUGCAUUGCGUAAUAUUGCAGCAAUGCCACUGGCUUUGUGUUUUGGCUUUCCUUUGAUAGGUCUUCAAGCUCAGCAUGAUCUCACACGCACGCACGCACGCACGCGCACGCGCGCGCGCACACACACACACACACACACAGUCAUGUACACCCUAUAAUCAGUCUGCUUCUUUUCAACUAGGUAUUUAUUGUCACAAUGGACAAUUAUGCUGGGCCUGUGGAAGGUACUACCUAGGCCUGGCCUGGCUAGUUACGUCACCAUUUAGAGGCGUUAGUUAUGUCAUCAUUUAGAGGCAUUAAAAAAGUUCACACUUAGCACGUUAUUUUUCAUUAGUUUUAAUUUUGUAGUAUUUCCACUUCUAUCCCUGUGAGGCUAUGUCACCCGUCAAUGAGCAACUACCCUCGUCCAUCAUCUCUUUCUUGUUUUAUUUUAUUUUAUUUCCCUUUCUCGUGGCUCUCUCUCUUUUUCUUUCUAACUUGAUCUCCCUCCCUCCCAAGCUGCAUUCCUAUCGAUGCCUGGUCGUAGGCUAUGAUUCCGGGACCUCCGGUCGGAUGAGCCUCGCCAACCACAUCGGCACAUCGCCCCUACUCCCCUUUGUCUUGUUGUCCAGUGUCACUUCAGUUGUCCUCUUCAAGCCCCUGAUUAUUAUCAGGGCUGUGUUUGCUUGUAAAAAAAUCCUUCUCAUUGCUACUGUCCCCAUCGGACUAAUCUGCCUGGACUAUUCAA